GGGACAUUUGACGGAUAUCGUGCGAAAAGCAGCUGAUCUUUGUCCCUUGAUGUUGAUUGGAUGAUUCAUCCGGUGGAUACAUUCCGAUUGGGAGAUGGCUGAGCUGCAUAUUAUCGGACAGAUUGUUGGAGCAAGUGGUUUCCCGCACAAAAGCCUGUUUUGUAAAUGGGGACUGCAGACAGGCUGUGCUUGGAAGCUACUUUCUGGCUUAAGAGAAGGACAAACACAAGUGGACAACCCUGUAAUCCAGGACAUGGCCUACUGGUCACAUCCUAUUGAUGUACAUUAUGCGACCAAAGGUCUCCAAGGCUGGCCCAAACUGUACAUGCAGGUCUGGCACCAGGAUUCAUUUGGCAGGAACGAGCUGUGUGGCUAUGGUUUCUGCCACAUCCCCAGCAGCCCAGGUACUCACGAUAUCCAGUGCGUCACCUGGCGGCCCCUGGGCACCUGGCAGGAACAGCUCUCCCAGAUGUUUGUGGGCGGCGGUCCCCAGCUGAAACAUAGUGACCUCAUUUACACCGGGGCUGACCGCUAUCGACUCCAAACCAUGGCCAUGGGCAAGGUCCACCUCCAGCUCAGCAUCAUUCUCCGUAAUUUUGACCAGUAUGGUGUGGAGUACUGAAUGGAUUGUCAAGGGACAGACUUCGUGGUGAACGGUGACUGGUGAUCUUCAGUCCUCUCUCUGACUUUUUCCACCUCUUUCCUCAUGCCUUCCAGAAGUUUCUGUCACCUUGGACUGCAUGCAGAAUUCCUGUUGCACAUAUUUGUCAGGCUCCAGCUUAGUCUUUUCUCCCUGCAUUUAUAAACAGGAAUUGUCUGUAUAUCUUCCCAAUGUGGGCUUGAUGUCGGUUAUCAUUCCAACCUGAUGACUGACUUGCAUGGUAACAUUGUGUUGGUGUUUUUCCCAUUGGAUACACUUCGUGCUGCAGCACAUCAAGUUUAUAUAUUUGGAAGAUGUCACUUUUAAAAUGUGGACAGUGAUGGUGAAGUCUUAAUCCUGUGAUUUUAUGAAAGCAGAGAUGGCGAUUUGUCAGCUAUGCAGACUGGAAUGUCAAGCUCCAUGCAGAGCCUGUGUUUGAUUGCUGAUAUUGAGAGGGACCAUAGCUUGUGUGGUAUGGUUACCGCUGGGUUAAGGGGUUUAGUGUGGGGAUGGGGGCUAACAGUUCUUUUCGGGAUUACUGGCAAUCGUCUCUACUUGAAGAAUGUCCAAGCAAAGACAGUGGAAUGGGUAAGAGGUUGUGGGUUUGAAUCCUUCUUUGGUCAAAUUAUUUAGUUAUUCAUUAUUCUGACAUCAUUCAGAAACUGUCCCCCAGUGAGAGCCAGCUUCUUCAGGAUCAUUCAUCCUAGUGAGAGUCAAUCCCUUCAGGAUUAACAUCCCAAUGAGAGCCAGCCCCUUCAGUAACUGUCUCCCCGUGAGAGCCAGCCCCUUUGUGAACUGUAUCCCAAUGAGAGUCAGCCCCUUCAGGAACUGUCCUCCAGUGAGAGCCAGCACCUUCAGGAACUGUAGCCCAGUAAGUGUCAGCAUCUAUGGAAUGGAUUGCAAUGGGGAGUAAAUAUGGAACUGAUGUAAAAUGACUGACUAUUGCCUGUUCCAAACUAACACCCAAAUAAGUCUCCAUAUGUGUCUUAGGAAGCUGAUUAAUUAUCUUUGAUUACAUGAUACUAUAAAGCUUUUCUGAACAGAAAUGUAUUAUUCUGCUUCGACUGCAAAACUAACUUAUUGAAAGAGCAAUGUGCAUUUUAUAUAACUCAAGCCAAUAAAUCAAUCGAUUAAUUUUUAAAACUUAUUGAAAAAUUAAUUUCUUAAAUCUGCUGUCCCUUUUUGAACAUGGUUCAGACUGAUGAUUUGGAAACUUCACUCUGCUGGUAAUAAGUAAACAUGGUAGGAAGUUUGACAAUAGUUCCUGCUUAGUGGUAGGUGUGUUGUGUGAAAUUACCUCUUUAAUGCAAGAUCAAUUAGUGUCCUCAUUUUUGAAAUGGAAAGUCUCAAAGAUACAACAAGUUGUGCUAAUAGCAGAAUAUUGUGUACAGAACAUAAGAACUAGGACCAGGUGUAGGUAAUUCAAUCCCUCUGGCUCUGUCAGUUGAUCUCACUUCAGCUUUAAUUCCACUUUUGUGCCCGCUUCCCAUAACCCUUCAACCCAUUACUAAUUUAAAAUCUUUCUAUUUCCUCCUUAAAUGUAUUCAAUAUCCAGCAUCUUGGGGUAGUGAAUUCCACAGACUGACAACCCUUUGAGAGAAGUAAUUUCUUCUCUUCUAUGUUAUAAAUCUGUUACCCCUUAUCCUGAAAAUUAUGUCCUCUCAUUCUAGACUCAUGAGAAAAAAUCCUCUCCAUAUCUACUUCCCUUUAGUAUCUGGUAUAUCUCAAUUAGACCUCUCAUUCUUUUAAAUAUAGGCCUAAACUGCCCAAUCUCUCUUCACAAGAGCAAUGGGGAAAGGGAAAUAAAUGUUACCCAGUCUAUGGUGCCCACAUUCCACAAAUUAAAAAUAAGACAAUCUAGUGAAUCAUCUCUGAACUGCUCCCAGUGCAAUUAUAUCCCUACUCAAGGAUUAUUGCAAUACUCCAGGUGAAUUUUAGUCUGUGUAGGAGUAUGAAUGUUCAUCAAACUUGAGUUAUACCUGUUCUGGGAGAACUUGACUCUGUGUGAUAGCAACUCAGCAGCCCACUUUACACCUCUCCCUGUUUUUAAUUCUACCGGAUUUGUUUAGCAAUCACCUGUUAGGUGCGUUCACCAAUCCAGUUCUUCAGAGCCAAAAUCUGUACUGAUAAUCCAGUGCCAUACUGCUGUACUGUUACAGGUGCCAUAUUUUGAAUGAGAUGUUAAGCCAAAAGGAUGUAAAAGAUCCCAAGGCAUUAUUUCAAAGAGGAGCUGGGGGUUACCUCCAAUGUCAUGGCAAAUAGUUAUUCCUCAAUCAACAUCCCAAAACCAAAAUAUCUCAUCAUUAUUAUACUACUGUUUGUGGGAGCUUGUGUGCAUAUUGACUGCAGUAUUUCCUACAUUACAACAGUGACUAUACUUCUAAAGUACUUUAUUAGCUGUAAAGCUCUUUGGGACAUAGUGAUUUACAAAAAGCACAAUAGAAAUGCAAGUCCUGCUGGGGUUCUUGUGGUGCAGUCACUGUGUCUCUACUUCUGAGCUAGGAGCCCUGGGUUCAAGUGUCACCCCUGCUUUAGUAACAUUUCUGAAUGGGCUAAUUAGUAAAAUAUCUAGAAAAACCAAGUCCUUUGUUUUACUCCCUGCGAUUUUGAUGCAGGAAGUCCAAUGGCACACAAGGGGGCAGUCACACACCACAAAUCAGUGUGCAUUGCGAAUCACUAACUGGAUUUUAGCCCCUUUCUAUAACAUGCCGUUUCCAAAUACUGCAUGCAGAAAGCGACCUGCACUUACCCGUCUGUAUUUGCACUCUUUGCAGUGGUAAUAAUGUACCUCUUAUACAAGUUACAAGAGAAACAAAUCAAUGAAGUAACUUUUUGAAACAUAGUUGCUGUUGGAAUGUUGUAUUUCUGUUUGUAGCCCACUUUGAGCUAUUACUGUUCUUGCCCUCUAUUUUUCAUAGAAUCCUUACAGUAGGAAGCAGGCUCUUCAGUCCAUCAAGUCGACACUGAACCUCCAAAGAGCAUCC